GCCAUUUCAGGUUUAGGGGAACCGUAACUCCCGCGAAGGAAUUGGGUCAUCCAAGUGGAGAUACUAGGUUCUGGCCGUGUCUUCAUUUAAAACGUCUCUUACCUCUUCUCUAUCGUCAAACGGCUUAGUUAUUGCUCUCCGAUGCGUGUUAUUUGGUUGGUGCGAAUGAGCUUUUCCAGCGUGGGCCCGGGCUGAAGUGUCAAAGCAGUUGUCGGAUUUUCCUGCUAACGGCUAGUCGGCUAGCUGAGUGUAAACAAGGAUGAAGAGGAUGAAAGGAGGAGAGGAGGGCAGCAACGGCUCCCCCAGUAGCAGUCCACCAGAGAUUUGCAAGAAGGUGCGGAAGCAGACGAGCGAGGAUCCGGAGGCAGUGGUGGCCAGUGGGUCACGUGCCAGUGACUGGGCACGACUGCCUCAGGAGCUGCUGCUGCAUAUCUUCCAGUACCUUCCACUGCUGGAUCGGGCUUAUGCCUCUCAGGUGUGCCGCGGGUGGAACCAGGCUUUCCACAUGCCCGAGUUGUGGAGAUGUUUUGAGUUUGAGCUUAACCAGCCUGCCAGCUCUUACCUGAAAGCCACACAUCCAGACCUCAUCAAACAGAUCAUAAAGAGGCACUCCAACCACCUGCAGUAUGUCAGCUUCAAGGUGGACAGCAGUACAGAGUCUGCAGAGGCAGCAUGUGACAUUCUUUCCCAGCUGGUGAAUUGCUCACUGAAGACCUUGGGUCUCAUCUCUACAGCCAGGCCCAGUUUCAUGGAGGUUCCAAAGUCUCAUUUCAUCUCGGCUCUGACUGUGGUGUUCGUCAACUCCAAAUCAUUGUCUUCGCUCAAGAUUGACGACACGCCAGUGGAUGAUCCGUCACUGAAAGUGCUGGUGGCAAACAACAGUGACACCCUGAAACUGCUGAAGAUGAGCAGCUGCCCUCACGUCUCCCCGGCAGGGAUCCUGUGUGUGGCAGACCAGUGUCAUGGGCUGAGAGAGCUAGCCCUUAACUACCACCUCUUGAGUGAUGAACUCCUGCUGGCCCUCUCCUCAGAGAAACACGUCCACCUGGAACACUUGCGGAUCGACGUGGUGAGUGAGAACCCCGGCCAGCACUUCCACACCAUCAAGAAGAGCAGCUGGGAUGCCAUGGUGCGACACUCGCCAAAAUUCAACCUGGUCAUGUACUUCUUCCUCUAUGAGGACGAGUUCGGCCCUUUCUUCAACGAGGAGAUCCCUGUCACGCACCUCUACUUUGGUCGCUCAGUCAGUAAGGAGGUCUUGGGCCGCGUUGGCCUCCACUGCCCUCGGCUGGUGGAGCUGGUGGUGUGCGCCAACGGCCUGCGCCCCCUGGAUGAGGAGCUGAUCCGCAUCGCGAAGCACUGCACCCAGCUGUCAGCCAUCGGCCUGGGUGAGUGCGAGGUUUCCUGUAGCGCGUUUGUGGAGUUUGUCAAGAUGUGCGGCCGGAGGCUUUCCCAGCUGUCCAUCAUGGAGGAGGUGCUGAUUCCAGAUCACAAAUACUCCCUGGAUGAGAUCCACUGGGAGGUUUCUAAGCACCUGGGCCGUGUCUGGUUCCCAGACAUGAUGCCGACUUGGUAAAGUGAAGCCAAAGAGGCACACAGAGUUCAGUACGUCAAGUUUGUGGUGUGGAGAAUUCAUGGCCUCCACAUUUGCAUUGAAAAGCCUGAAAGUGCUCGGCUGUAGUGGAAUACGGGGUGCCAACAUGAAGAGCAUAAACUUGCUGAACUCCUGUGUGCUGGGCAGGGCAGGGAUGUAAGCAUCUGACGGCUAUUCAGUGUUAUCAUGGCAUGCAAAUACCACACAGAUGUUUGCCAGUUAGCUUCAGAAUAGACCGUUGAAUCGUGCUGUGCCUAAUCUGGAGAAAGACCUCGACAGGCUGGCUUCUUCACGUAUUGGACAAUCAGCACGCACACCAGUGCAGGUGGAAUUAUUUGACUAAAAAGCAAUGUUUUUAUAACUGCAAGUAGAGUUAUAUGGACAUUGUAGCCUAGUUAUGAUAAUCUGUAUUAUGAGAAAUGUCUGUGUGAGUGUGCGUGCGGGUGUGUCUGUAAAUUUGAGUGCGUGUUUUAAUGUUUUUUUUUUACGUUGUGGCGAUUAGGUGCACAAUUGCAUGUCGUUACACUACCACUUGGCCUACUUAAAUCCUGUCUGAGAUAGCAGCUCUGCACUCUAACAAAAUACGGCAUUGGAGGUUUCCAAAUGGCUGCAAUGUUAUUUGUAUAUAGUUUGUGGCAGAAGGUGUUCUGUCAGGGGUAGUCAGGGUGGGGGUGGGAGAUUCACUUAAUUUUGCAGAAGAGUGGCUGGGUCCUACACCUAAUUUUAAUCUAAUUUAAACAUAAAUAACAGCAGUAGAGUUGACGACAUAUUGCUUUUCCUCCUCGCCAUGCAUCAGAAGAGAACCUGUGAUUGUGGAAGAUGUUAGUUGGCCAGGAGAGAAACAGAAAUGUGUAUACAAGUGUCUGUCUUUGUGACAUGAAGGUGUACAGUGUUGAUCGAUGUCAUAGGCUUUUAUUUUCUCCAGGUUAUGCAGAUUUAUUUUCUUUCUCGCAUCACACAUCAGUUGGCUUGACAACGUAAUUUCUCGGUUUUGUACAAAGUCAGUUUCUGUACAGUCAUAGAUUUCGUAAGCACCUUAGAUGAACACCAAAUGACAGUCAGGAAAAACUCCUCCUGCUGUCCUAAUGAAAGCAAGGAAACAAUCUUUAUAAUGCUCCAAUUUUUCUUAGUUGGACCCAGAUUUAAUGAUAAUUAUUUAGAUUGUGCUUGGGGUUCUGUUGAGUCAGAUCUCAAGGACAGUAUAUUGAAGAAAUACUGAUUUUUGAAAAAAUAAAUCAGAAAUAAUUCUAUGUAAAUAUAGAUAGUGCACAGAAAUGUCUGAAUUUGGAGGUGGAUCUGGGUGAGUAUCUAACCUUCAUGAUCAGAUUGCUUCAUAACGAUUCUAUAGGCUAGUCUCUGCGGCUAUUAGCUUACAAUUCACGCUGGGAAUGCAGAACUCACCCUUUGUGUUUCUCAGGUGCAUUAAAUGAUAUUUCCUAAAUAGGUUUCAUUUGUAUCUUCUGCUAUUUGCCUGUUCAAGCUCUAAACCUGUCAUGAAUAUCUGCCCUCUGUUAGCCCACGUUUGCUCUGUAUCGCGUUACCACAUCGGACAUACAGGAGGGGAAGCAAUACUCAUCUUGUCAUUACGAACCCUGUCGUUGCAGAUACAGCUAGUGCUCCUGUCCGAAACAUCCGUUCAUUUCAGUUGAGAGAGAUUUGGCAAGUCAGAUGAGUGAAACAAACUUUUUUCCUUUAAGAAGGAAGUCAAAUGCAUCUGUAUAUAAAACGCUGUGUGUUUGAUUAUUAUGGAUAGAAAUGUACUUAUUUCUUUAUUUCGCCCUCUGUCAGGGUUUGAAGUUUCCUUAACCAACGGCUCAUGUCUUUUAUAAAACCAGAGUGCGAGUUAUCCUUUACUAGAUGGAUCUUUUUCAUACUGUAGUCACUAGAGAAGAUAAGCUGUGUAAUUUAUUGAUAUGGACUUUGCUUUUGUAAUGAACUCGUGUUAAUCAGUUAUGCAAAACAAGCAGUCGUUAUAACCAGCAAGCUGACCAGCAGAAGAUUAGACUUUUAUGGUUUUGACACUUCCACCUCGGUCACUCUGAUUUUGUUGCAUGCAGGUGGUCCAGAAAGUCCACUAUUACAAUCAUUUAACACAGGAUUUAGCAAGUAAUAUUAAUCCAGAGCAGAACCUGAAGUUACAUUCCAGUCAGUGAAUCAAACCCGGCACUCUCUCUGCAGAGGAAUGCCACAGUUUGUGUCUUACACUGUGUGAAAGAUCAUCCACUUUCUGGCAGAAAGGUGGCUCAACAACAACAACAACAACAACAACAACAAAAGCCAGAAUACGAGGCUGUAAAAAUCAGCAGAAGCAGCUAGAAGGAGAAAUUGCUCAAAAAAUUAAACCUUUUGACUUAGUAUGUCAAUAUAUAUAUAUAUAUCAUUAAAAGCUACAUAAUUGUGUUGACAACUUAAAUUGACAAAAUGUUUAUAUUCCUAAAAAGCUAAAUGAGUUAUCUGGUGGAAAAACCUUUGGACUACACUGCAUGUCAAUAGGAUCUGAAGAUGAUGCAGAUCUAGAGCUUUUUUCCAAACUUCAUCCCUGUUAUUCAUGUCAUCUCAGACAUUUCAUGUAAUAACAGCCAUGUAGACUAAAACUGUCAGAUUAGUGCAGGAAGUGCAGACGCUUGAACUAACAUCGUCUGUUGAUCGUGUUGGUCUCUUAUCACUGAAGUAGAUUCCUGUGCUUAGAGUCUGUGCUCAUGUCCGUUAGCAUCUCAAUGGUACAGCAACAUAUCUCCUGAUUAUGUCUCAUAAUUUGUGCAGUGCAUUAAAUGGUUGCAGUGCCAGCAGCUCUAAAGUGAAGGUUGUGUCUCAAUGCUCUGGUUUUAAUCAUUUUCCUGUUGUCUUUAUUGGAAAAUCCAGCCGGACGAGUAAAACGUGUUUCACUUCAGUACAGCUAUUUUAACCUCAUUUGUUGAGAGAGUCCUCCAGUAAGUUCUGAAAGGAGUAAACUGGUGUUGACAGUACUGUCCUUUAGUUUGGCUUCUGUAUGGCAAAUGCUUUGUCUACUUUGCUUUACUGGUCACCUGUCUUGAAAUUAAAAUUAUUGUUUUAGACAUGUGAUCUUAUACUGGUAAUAAAAAAUUGUGAAUGUA